ACGAGUCGAAGUGACAGCAGGAGUUGAAAUCGAGUCUGCAGACCAUCUUGAUCCGCUCAACAAGUUCCUUAAACAUAUGGACCAAGUAAAACUUGUGCGUACUUGUGUAAAGCAUGAGCUUGGGCAUGGAUUUGCUUUUCCUGGAUCGGACUAAAAAGUGAGCUAACCAGAAGGAAUUGUGAUUAUUUCGAAAUACCAAGGAAAACUCUGCCAACAAGAGCAACCAUACUAGCCAUGAAGCGAGUCAAAUUGGUGCCCCAUGAUUCCACAGACUCGAGAGAAUCCAUCGAGUUGGACGAGUUUAGUGAUGAAGAUGACGAGGUGUUUAUGCAACAUUCCCGCAAUGGCAGCGAUAGUUCUGCUCGAAAGCCGCUAAUGAAAAAGAAGAGGAAGGCCAAAAAUGGCGGUGGUCUGCAUGCUUCCAUUCGUACUUCCAAGCCUAAAUAUCGUCGGUGUUGUGGUCCUCUCUGUUGGACAUUCCUGGCCUUCAAAAGCCUUAUUGGUAUCUUGGCAGUGACAAUAAUCCUAGUCAACUACUUCACGCACACGGGUUGGUUUUUCUGGCAUUGGGGCGGAUCGGGUCUCAAACCAGCGCCCUGCCACCGUUUGGAGGUCAUUCCCAUUUGGUCACAAAACUUCCCCAUGAUGCUCUCCGAAGGGAACUUGCGUCUUCUAAAUAUUUCCCAAGACAACGUGCUGGAUGUUGUGAUAGGUUUUGGCACAGGAGCUGAUGGUUACAAUGUUCCUGACAUUGUAUGUGAUAUCUAUUUCGGCGGCCAGAAGCCUUGCUUCGGCGGAAUCUUGGCCUUAGACGGCCUUACAGGUGCCACUCUUUGGAAACGAUGGGCCAAACAUGAAGUGUUUGCCCUCACAUGUCAAGAGGAUCUGAACAACGAUAAUGUCGUCGAUUGUGUCGCAGGUGGUCGAGCGGGGUUGUUCUUCGCCAUAAGUGGAAAAAAUGGACAGACCCUCUGGGAGUUUGAGAACCAUAUUAUCCAAUCGGAUCUGAUGUCGAUCUACGCCGCCCAGUUUGUUCAUGACUUGAAUGGUGAUGGCAUUCCGGAGAUCCUGGCUGUUCAUGGAGGUGACGAGCUGUCCGACCCUGCUCAAGAGGGAAAUAUGUUUGGACGACUCAUUCUAUUCAGUGGGAACAAUGGGACGGUUUUGCGAUGGAUGCAGACUCCCGAUCGGAAGGAGAGCUACUAUCCCCCGCAAAUUCUAACUUGGGCCGAUGGCGAGCAGUUUGUUUUGUUUGGAACAGGGGGAAAUUCCCGAGCUGGAGCCCUCUAUGUUAUUUCGUUGCUUGAUCUGUACAAGCGAAACAUAUCACAGGCUGUGCAAAUUUACCACGACGAUUCUAAAGGCAUGCUUACGCCCGCCGCGUUGGCGGAUAUCAACCAGGAUGGCAUCGAGGACAUCAUUGUGCCCACUUUCAACAGCCAUGUUAUCGCGUUCGAUGGAUCCACAUUCAAACCCAUCUGGAACACGUCCUUCUCGGGCAGUGAGUCGUAUUCCACUGUGGGCGUGGGGUUUUUCGACGACGACGAUAUACCCGAUUUCAUGGUGAAAUAUCAAUAUGGCGAGGGCUUUCCAGUCUACGAAUACGAACAGAGCGUGGUUUUGAGCGGGAAAAACGGAUCCAAAAUAUCCGAGGUGCUUAUCAACUCAUUAAGUACCCAAUCUUCUCCCCUGUCAGUGUCGCUCAAAGGCCAAGGCAACGAUAUAUUCCUUCAUUGGACCUCCAAUUGCCUCAACAACGAACGUCAAAAGUUGCAUUAUGCCUUUCCAGAUUAUGUGCAUAUCCACGACCAAGCUCGUGCUGACCUCUGUCAGAAUCUCUUCAAAACCAAUCAGAUCACGCGCUAUCUCGCCCUCCAACGUUUCAACAUCUCCAAUCAGACCCCCGUGUACGAAUCCACCCAAUGGAUGGACACAGAGCAUGCCAAUGUCACCAAUACCUCGGCCCUGGCCGAACAGUACCUCCGAAAGAACCCUACCACCAAUCAAGAAGAUUAUCGAUCGGAUUCGGAGGACACCGAUGACCGCUUUUCGGUCCUUCCUUACCGCAAAGAGGGCUUUGAUGACAUCCUCGCACAAUUGGAGAAGGAAAUGCAACGCGAUUAUGACGAGGGCGUGCUGGACCCUGAAGGUGGUCUUCCCGUGUCCCCUCUUGACCGUGGAUUGGGGAAGAAGAAUGACGUGGCUUACAUUGAAGGUGAGGAAAGCGGCAUUCUGAUACCGGCCUCCAGAUCGGAGCAGCCGCGCAGGCCCCUCACAAAGGAGAUAGUUCCUGACAUUGGCUAUGCACAACCCCAUAACGUUCAAAAAAAUCCUUCAGAGCUCGAUGGCGUUGACAAUUAUGAGAAUCCUUAUGCACGGAGCCAAGAUGGCUCACCUUAUCAGCAGGAUCCCAACUACGGGCGAAAGCGUGAGAGAAAAAGACGUCGGAUCAAGCGUCAGUCUCAAAAUUCGGGCCCUGAGCCCCGUCACAAGUAUUGGUCUCUCCAUAGGAUGCUGGCCACUGGUACAUUGGCUCCGCCAAUUCUCAAGGCCGAUGACAACAUGGAUCUAAUCUUCGCAUCGCAUUGGAUCUACCCUGCCAGAGCUCCGGUGCUACAGCCUGAAGAUAUCAAGUGUGUCGAAAAAGCCGUGGAAAGGCGCACCAAGAACGUGGAGGAAAUCACCGACGAAGAGCUGAUGGUUUUGUAAGCUCAGGAAGUGGAUCGAUGCCUGACAAAAUCUGGUCACACACUUCGAACCGACGAGGUUUACGAGACUCCUUCCGACUACAACGCCUUUGCCGUGAACAUGGGUCAACUCACAAUUUACCGCUUCCGACUCCGUUGCGUUUGCGAUAGUACGUUGUUAACUCGAGAAGAGGAGUGCGGAACAUUUCUUCCAUACGACCAUCAAAGGUGGCCUUCUUUCAUGGGUAUCAACGGAGAUUCCAGGUUUAAUAUCAAAAGUACAGACUCAAAAUUCAAGAGGUGACAUGGCCAAUAAGCUUAAAUCUCAACCUAUCGUGAUUGAACGUGUUUUUGUUGGUGAAUGAAAGGCUUGAUUCCUUUUCCGUUACUAAACGUCAUAUCAAAUGA